AUGACCCACCCCUGGCGCUCCGACCGCCUCAUCUACCGCGCCGUCGAAGUCGAAGACGAGCCCUUCCUCUCCUCUCUCUCCAACGACGGCGAGUCCUUCAUGAACGCCGCCCCCUUCAUCCCCACCCCGCACGGCAAAGAAUCCGCGAAAAACUACCGCGAAUGGAUCACCUCGCAACUCAUGUCCGCCGUCGUCUGCUUGCCACCACCCGUCACGGAUCCCACCACCCUAGCGGCGGACGACAAGACGAACAAACCCAUCCCCAUCGGCGUCGUCAAUCUUAUGAAAGACGACCCGCGGUUCGUUCAUAUCCGGCGGAGUGAGAUUGGAAUUACGAUCGCGAGAGGUUAUCAAGGCAAAGGAUGGGUGUUAAACUUUGGGUUCCGACAUUGCAAUUUGCAUCGGGUUGCUAUCUCGGCGUUUGAGUAUAAUGAGGGAGCGAUAAGGUUGUAUGAGCGGUUGGGGUUCCAGGUUGAAGGGAGGAAGAGGGAUUUCUUGUGGCAUGAUGGACGAUAUUGGGAGAUGGUGGAGAUGGCGAUGUUGGAGGACGAGUGGCGGGAGUUGUAUGGGAGCAAGUGA